AUGGAUCCCUUCGGCAUCACCGUUAGUGCUCUAGGGAUUGCACAAUUUGCUAUAUCUAGCAUAGGUAACCUUCGUGAUUUUAUCAAUAGCCUCGACGAAGCGAAAGAUAUGAUACAAGAUAUGACAUCUGACUUAGAAGCCAUCCAACUUCCGCUCUCUGUCCUCGGGAAUCUCCAAAUAUCCGAUGACAAGACAUACGUUCUGGAGAACACUGGUUUUGCUGAAGCCGUGAGCAAAUGUGGACAGGCAUGCGCAGAUUUUUUCAAGAAGCUUGAGCAGUGGACAAAACACUUCACUGCUACGAAUCUUUCUCCUAUAGAUCGACUGUCGGUCGGCUUAUGGAACAAAGAAAAGAUCCGAACCUUUAGGAUACAGGUCCAUUCUUGUCAAGCCAUGAUCCAGUUUGCAAUCGACAGUGCUCAGUUUAUCAUCCUAGUCCGGUCCGAAAAUGCGUUUAAAGCUGCACGCCAUGAGACAGAGAAGCAACAGCGACUUCUCGAGAAUGCUGUCCAAAAGCACAUCAAACUUACAAAAAGAAAGCAAGAUGAAGCUUUUCAGCGCCAGAAUGCACUCAAGAACCCAGAGGAUGAAGAUGAGGACGACGACGGCGGAGCUCAGCGAACUCUAGCCAUUCAAGAGAUCGAAGAGCAAUCACGCGUACUGGAAUCCGACCAAACUGCCUCUAGGGCUAUAUCCCAAAUGCUUUCGAAAUUAUCCGCCUCGCAGGUCGCCAACACACACAUUAUUCAAUUUUCGGGUAGCCACAACCACGGCUGCCAGCUCGGUCACAGCACCGGUACGAUCAAUUGGACUUGUGGUCCCACCGAGGUCGAGCAUGGAGCCUAUGGGAUGGGACCU